AUGAACAAGGCAUUAACUAUAACUGCUGUUGCAGCUGCUGCUAUUACAGGAUACGCAGUAUACUUUGAUUAUCAACGUAGACAUUCUCCAGAAUUUAGAAAAUCAUUAAAGAAAAGAGAUAUUAAGCAAAAGAAAUUGAAAGCUAAACAAGAAGCUGAAUCUAAACAAAAUAAAUUGGAAUCUGUUAAAAAGGCAUUAUUGGAAGAUUUAGAAAAGAACCCAAUUCCAACUGAUUUGACUGAAAGAGAAGCAUUUUUCAUGGAACAAGUUGCCCUUGGUGAACAAAAAGCAAAGACUGAUGCCACUGAAGCUGCUAUUUGUUUCUACAAAGCUUUGGCUGUUUAUCCAAAUCCUACUGAUAUCUUGGGUAUCUAUCAAAAGACUGUUCCAGAAGAUGUUUAUGAAUUGGUUGUUAUGAUGAUUGCUGUCUAUCCACCAGCUUCUGUUUCUAGUAUUUUAAGUAAAGGUGCUCCAACUGUCAAAGAUUUGAAACCAACUGAAGAAGAUUUGGAUUAA